GUUUUGUGCCCUUUAAAAGUAUUUGUUCAAAAUGAUAUUACAUUACCUAUACUACUUUUAUAUAUGAGAUUUAAAUCUCAAUUGUUUUAGGUGGCAUAGGAUGACACAAUUCAAAUAUGUUAACGGAUGAACAGAAAAAAUAUGCGACCCAGGCUUUCUUGUCCCUGGAUGACCGACAUACAGGUUCGAUCCCAAAUACAAAAGAGACAGUGAUCGACGCGGUACGGCUGUCGGGGCUGAACCCUACUGAGAUCGAAAUAGAUCAGCUCAUAAAGGGCACAGGUACAGAUUUUGGUGACAAACUCACAAAGGAUGACUUUCUCUCUAUGAUGACCAAAGUGGAUUGGAAACAGGCUGAUGACGUCAGAGAUAUGUUAAAGGAAGACUUCAGACUCUUUGUUGACAACCGAGCUGUUAUAAAUGAGGAUGAAUUCAUUUUUAUUCUGACAAGAGAAGGAAGGGAGCGACUUUCCUUAGAUGAAGCUAAACAAGUUGUUGCCAAGUUUGAUAAAGAUCAUGAAGGCAAUAUCCAGAUAGAGGAUCUAAUUGACAAGCUGUUGGCAAUAGCACCGACUUGACACACCAUACACGGUUAUAAAAAUACUUUUGUUGACAAUAUACCAAAGUAUAUAAACAUUACGUUUUGUUUUGGUGUGUUUUCAUUUAUUAUUAAUUACUCUGUAAAUUGAAAUAAAUAUAAUUAUAAAAGUC